AUGGCGGUCAAAGGCGGUAGCGGCAGCAUAGAGGGGCAGGAGCCCGAGGCCUGGGUCACCUACCACCGGCCCUAUGAGGUGGCGAAGUGCAACUCGGAGAACGACAUGUGGAUAGUGAUCCAUGGGAGAGUCUAUGACCUCACUCACUUCUUCAGCGAGCACCCGGAUGGAGAAGAGGUUCCCAUUGAACUAACUGGUUGGGAUGCGACUGAAAGCUUUGAAGUAGUGGGACACUCUUCUGAUGCCAAGGAGAUGCUUAAACAGUACUACGUUGGGGAACUCCAUCCUAUUGACCGUAAAGGUUUCGGAUCUGAGAAUUCAAGUUCAAUGUACAAAAGCUGCUGGCCAAGUUGGAUUAUCCCUGUUGUGGGUGCUGCCCUUUUAGCUAUCAUGGAUCAUUUUUACAUGGCAGAGAGCAAGUUGUCCUGA